GGGGCGUAGCUGAGCAAAGGACGGACGGCGUCUAUGCAGCAAUCCGUGUGGCUGAGGCCAACGCUUCCAUGGACCACGAUUACAGAGCUCUCUAUGACUACGAAGCCCAGAAUGAGGAUGAGCUGGACAUGCAAGCGGGUGAUAUCGUCAACAUCAUUGAAGCGGGCGAAGACGGUUGGUGGACCGUAGAACUGGACGGGCAACAAGGAUUUGUGCCGGGCUCCUAUCUGGAGAAACUUUGACCGGAGGAAAACUUCCCAGUGCUACAUUUUUAAUUUUUUACCAACUAGAAACCUCUUUUUAAAAAAAUAAAUAAAUAAAAUAAAAUCAAGUUUUACUCUUUGCAGAUGGCAAAGAGCUACAAUUAUACUCUUUAUUUUAACAUAAACGCCACCCUGUCUUUUUAUUUAGAGCCGAGGUGGCGCAGUGGUUAAGAGUGCAGUACUGCAG